UCAGUAAGCGGUACACUGGCACGGUAAUAGCAUAUCAGUUAACCACGCGUAGAACAACUAGGUUACUUGCACCAACAAUUGUUAUUCUUAUUCAUUCACGAAUUGGUGUCGUUCGUCGAAAUCAUUAAAAAUGAUCGGCGCCCUUGGGCCUGCGGAGUCGCUGUGCGCUGUCGCGAUUAUCUUGACUGGUAUCUGGUACUACCUUGUGGCAAACUACAGUUUUUGGAAGGAGCGUGGAAUUUUAGGACCAGAACCUGGGCUGAUAUUUGGAAACAUGAAGGACGUCUUGCUCGUAAGAGAGAACUUUGGAGUGCAGUUGAAGAAGAUAUGCGAUCAGUUCCCUGGUGCUCCUUUGAUAGGCAUAUACGAUCGUCGCACGCCCGUGCUGAUCGUGCGUGACCCUGAACUCAUCAAGGACGUGAUGAUCAAAGACUUUUCGACGUUCUCGGAGAGAGGUUUGCCUGUUCACGACAAGGUCGAACCACUAAGUACGCAUCUAUUCAAUUUGGAAACAACGAGGUGGCGACCACUUCGUUCUAAGCUAUCGCCGGCGUUCACCUCGGGGAAAAUGAAGAAUAUGUUCUACCUGAUAUUGGAAUGUGCCGAUUACUUUGAAGAGUACUUAAACAAUAUCGUGGAAAAGGGUGAGCCCAUCGACUGCCGCGAAAUAACUGCCAAGUACACCACCGACGUGAUCGGUAGCUGCGCUUUUGGCCUGCAGAUGAACGCGCUCGCUGACGAAGACAGUGAAUUCAGAAAAAUGGGGAGAAAAUUUUUCAAGAUGGAUCGGAAAAGAAGAGUUCUCGGCUUGUUGCGAUCGUCGUCCCCUUGGCUUUACGAGUUACUCGGAAUAUCGGCUAUGGGAGAUGAUAUUACGAAUUUUUUUUUGUCGUCGGUGAAGGAAACGAUCGAUCACCGAAUGAAAAAUAACGUUCGUAGAGCCGAUCUUAUUGAGAUGCUAAUGGAAAUAAAAAAUCAUCCGGAAAAAUCAGAUUUCGAACUGACGGAUGCUAUAAUCGCUGCUCAGGCCUUUGUAUUUUUCAUUGCUGGCUUCGAGACUUCGUCAACUACCAUCAGCCACGCUUUAAUGGAGCUCGCCCAAAACCACGACUUGCAGGAAAGACUGCGACAAGAGAUAAUCGAAUCACUUGAAGCUAAUAAUGGGGAUAUUACCUACGAUGGUGUGAAGAAGCUAAAGUAUUUGGACAUGGUUUUCCAAGAAACCCUGAGGCUCAGGCCACCGGUUCUCUUGCACAUGCGAAAGGCAAUGGCCGAGUAUACUUUUAGAGGCACAAACCUCACGAUUCCGAAAGGUCAAAUGAUAUGGAUCCCGACCUGGGAAAUUCAACAGAAUCCCGAAUACUACCCAAAACCAACAGUCUUCGAUCCCGAACGGUUCACGGAUGAGAUGGUCAAAGCCAGGCACCCGAUGACGUAUCUACCUUUUGGCGACGGACCCAGAAACUGCAUCGGUGCACGAUUCGGUACCUACCAAACGAAAUUGGGCUUGAUCAAAAUAUUAUCAAACUUCAAAGUUGACAUGUCCGAUAAAACCAAUAUUCCAUACGUGCCUAGCCCAGCAGCUUUCCUGUUGGAACCCGUUGGCGGAGUUCACCUUAAAUUCUCGAAAAUUAAGUAAUGGUCAUAAAAAUUACCCCCCGACCUAACCUUACAAUAUCAGUAUUUAUUCUAGUUUAGUUUUCUAAAUCGAUGCGAUUACGUGAAUAUCUUUAGCAACUAGUAAGCUUUUUAAUAAAUUGUCGUAAUCAUA